GUCAAGUGGUCGCCCAUAUGUCAUAGCUUUGCUCACACACCACCCAGCCAUUACUCUAGCAGCACUUCCUCGUUCUUGCACCGCGGGCUUAAGAACUGUUGAGAUGCUGGACACCUUCGAGAUCAUAACGACGUCAGGCGUCGUCCUAUGGUCGCGCAAAUACGUCGAUGUCGCACCCCAGCUCAUCAACACUCUGAUCAAGAGCGCUUUCAUUGAGGAAACGACAAAGGAUCAGACUUUUAGGAAAGAUGGCCACACCAUCAAGUGGCGUACCGCUAAGGAUCUCGGCAUUAUCUUUGUCGCUGUGUAUCAAUCGCUCUUGCAAAUCACUUACAUAGAUAAACUCUUGGAUAACGUGCGAGCGCUCUUCUCGGAGCUGUAUAAAGAUCAGAUCAAGCAACCAAAUACCUCGAUCGUCAAUUGUCAAUUCGACAAAUACUAUGAUGCGCAGAUCCAUGAAUUGGAGAAGAGUUUCAAUGGUGCAAAGCAAAUCCUCUCCACAGAAGUUACCCCGCCGUCUAGCGAUGCGAGUGCUGAGGAAAUGCAACCUCCGCCAGUGCCUGCCCUGCAAAAGGGCUCCCAGAAACCAUUGUACGACACUACAUCCACUGACGCGACGCCGAUACCCACACCGGACACUUCGCGGCCCAACUCGCCUGCCGUGAACAGCGUUCUUGUUGGAAAGGGAGGCCCAAAAGGCUCACGAAGAGCAAGGAAACAAGCUAAUGCGGUAUUGAAUUCUGCCCAAGCAUCUUCAGGUGACGAGUCACCUGCGAGAAGGACGAAGAAGGUGCAGAAGGGUAGUAAGAAGAUGCGCAAGUGGGAUGCCUCAGGAUACGCAGACGACGAUGCAGACGAUUUAAACCUUGAUUAUUCUGCGCCAGCGCCUAGUUCAGCUGAUAGCAGACCUGUGUCAUCUGCAGGGCCUGCGGACAGUGAGGAGUGGGGUUCACGUACAGCGAAAGGCGAAUACGUGCUCAAAGACAUCGGAGAGGAGAUGAAUACCAUAUUAGCAGCAGACGCGGCGAAAAAGGAAGCUUCCGCUAGUGGUCCUCCAACAGGUCUUGUAGGUCAAGGUUUGGGGGCGAUUGGUGGGCUAUUCCGAAAUGUGGUCGGAGGGAAGACUUUGAGCAAGGAGGAUCUGAGCAAGCCGCUAAAAGGCAUGGAGGAGCACUUGAUCAAGAAGAAUGUAGCUCGUGAGGCGGCUGUGCGGCUAUGCAGCAGUGUUGAGCAUGACUUGGUUGGCGUGAAGACGAGCUCCUUCACUAGCAUUGAAUCAACGAUCCGUGGGUCCAUGCAAAAAGCACUCACCAAGAUCCUUACCGCUACCUCGCCAACCGACUUGCUCCGCGAAAUUCAAUCCGUGCAUGCAACCCAACACCGACCGUAUGUCAUCUCCAUAGUCGGUGUCAAUGGCGUUGGAAAGUCCACCAACCUCUCGAAAAUCGCCUACUUCUUGCUUCAGAACAAAUACAAAGUUCUGAUCGCUGCCUCGGAUACUUUCCGCUCUGGUGCUGUCGAGCAGCUCAAGGUCCAUGUGAACAACCUCAAGGAACUCACUCAGCGACAAGGCAGUGGUCAGGUCGAGAUCUUCGAGAAGGGCUAUGGAAAAGAUGCUGCAAUAAUUGCGAGGGAUGCCAUCGCAUUCGCCAAAAACCAGGAUUUCGACGUCGUUCUGAUCGACACUGCGGGACGCCGGCACAACGAUCAGAGGUUGAUGUCUUCAUUGGAGAAGUUCGCGCAGCUUGCCCAACCAGAUAAGAUUUUCAUGGUGGGUGAGGCGCUCGUAGGUAAUGAUUCGGUGCAGCAGGCUACCAACUUUGACGCGGCAUUUGGGCCGGGGAGGAGACUGGAUGGAUUCAUUGUUAGUAAGUGCGAUACCGUUGGGGAUAUGGUGGGCACGCUGGUUAGUAUGGUACAUGCGACCGGUAUUCCGGUCAUCUUCUUGGGAACGGGUCAACACUACGGCGAUUUGAGAAGGUUGAGUGUGGAAAGUGUGGUCAGCCUGUUGAUGAAAUAAGAUUUUCCAGAGCUUGGGCGCAAAUAGGUCCUGAUGAUAAAUACGAUGAUGCGGCUUGACCUGCGCAUACUGUGCCCUCACUUCCCACUCGCAAUUCUCU